GCAUUCAUCAUCAGCAUCAGUUUUCGUGGUGACUUCGGGGGUGGAACACGUCAGUCUUCUCCCAUCUUCCAGAGCCAGGUGGAGGCAGGGGAGGAAUACAGGAGAAAUAUUAGUGAACCAUUUACUUGUGUUGAGUCUCCCAGUGAUUAGCAGACAGUUAAUGGCCAGCACUGACACACCCUUAGGACGUCACCGCGCCAGGCAUGAACACCUCCUUGGCCUGCACACCCACACACACCACCAGGGAACGGUAACGCUGCAGGACACUGGACUAGCAACACCCUGAGAGGAGAGAGAAAGAGAGAAGCUUCUUUUCACCACCACUGGACUCCUCAGCAGCCGCUACCAUGAACCUUGGGAGCAUUGUGGAUGUGGACCAGUAUUUUCGGCCCAUCCUUCUCACGUCUUUGAUCAUUGGUAUGGUGAUCUUGAUAUUACUGGAGAAGAGGAAGGUAUCGCGGCACCAGCGGGAGGAGGUCGUAGAGAAGGAACAGGCACAGACUCUGAAAAGCACUCAAGAUCUCGCUGAAGGGACCAAAGAAGUUGAAGAGAUUGACGAUGGUAGGGAGGAGGGCAAUAUUGAAACGAGGAUUAAGGAGGAGGUGCAGGAGGGUAUCGCUGUCCCGUCUGUCUCCUCUACUCACUCCCACCCAUCCUCCUCCUCCUCCUGCUCGUCGUCAGGGAGUGAGGAGGAGCCCACACGCCCCCUGAAGGUCUCGAGACGCCCCAAGAAGAAGCAUGCGUGUAAGGGAAGCCCCGUGAUCUGUGCCAGCAAGAGGAAGGUGACAGCUGUGACUGUGGUGAUGGAUUCCCAGGAGGAGAAGGUACAGGAGUCUCUGGAGGACCUCGCAGGAGAGAUAAGAAGCCACGGAGUCACCUGUACCGUACACCCAGCCUUCACUCACCUCUUGCCUUCCAUCUCCACUGAGCCGUCCCACCUACUGCUGCUCUUCGGGACAUCCAGCGAGGGGUGCAGGGACCUCCAGGGAAGUCUCAGGACGGCCCUGGGUGGUGAUGCAGCCCUGCCACCGCCACAGCCCUUCCUCUACAGCGUCACCUGCCGGUCUGCUGCUGCUGCUGGAGAUGUGUAUGAGGCGGCCCAAGAACUGAGUGCCUCCCUGGCGUCCUGUGGUGGCGCUGAGUGGUUGCCUGUCACCUGCAUCUCCACUUCUGACGAGGGCAAGACUGAGCCGCCUGUGAUGGGUCGCCAGCAGUUCGCCCAGACUGUGAUGGAGAAGCUUACCAAACCAGCCAAGAAGUGCUGUGGAACCAGCUGUGGGUCAAAGACAGUGGAUAUAGAGGACCUGGCCUCGUCCCUGCUCCUGCCCCGGACAGCUGUCACCUCCUAGAUUCCUCAGGUCAUCCCAGGUCACCCCUUCAUCCCUGGGAGGUCAAUCAUGGUGCAUAUAAAUGUACAGUAAGCCCUUGAUGUAGCAAAAUAUUUUACGGGAAUGCCAGUUUGUUGUGGCUUUAGGUCUGGUGCAUCUGCUUGGUGUUACUGUGAGGUCCCUUGGCCAACGAGUGGUUCGGGAAGUUUAAUUGAAAAGUCGCUGUGAUUUUGAUGAGUUUGUGGUGAGUCUAGUGAAUAUUUGUUGGAAGGGCACUAGUGGGGAUAGCCAAAGAGGGCAUGGUGAGGACGAGUAUUAGUUAAAAGAGCAGUGGGAAGACUGUGUGUGUGGAAGACUGGAAGAAUGAAUGCUGGAAGGUUAAAGGGAAGACCAAAGAAGUCCUGAAGAUGCUGUGUGGAGGAAAACUUAGGUAGAUGAAGGCUAGAUGGAAGGAAAGCAGAGGGAAAACUAGAAACUUAAUAGAUGAAGGACAAGAUGAAAAUGAACACAGCAGAGAACAAGACAAAAAUGAACACAACAGUAAAGGACAAGACAAGAAUGAAAAUGAGGAAGAAGAAAAGAAUUAACAUGAGGGAAGAGGACAAAACAGUGAUAAAACAUAAGAAUAGAGCAGAACAAGACAGUAAACAUAAAGAAAAGAUUACCAACCACUGUAAAAAAAAAAAAAAAAACUGUUUACUCGUUAACCAUCCAACAUCGAACCACACAAGGACAUCAAACCACCAUGUGCAGUCAAAAUUUGGGAAGCUGAAUUUGAAUUUGUUAUCUUUGCCUUACAGUAACCAGGAGUCUUGAAAUGCCAGGCUUGUUGAGAGGCUUAAAAACCCCAUUCUAACCAAUAUUUGCUGCGUCAAGGGUUCGCUGUGUGUGAUAUUGUAGUGACACAUCAUAAGGAUUUGUGAUAUAACUACUUGAAUGUGUGUGUGUGUGUGUGUGUGUGUGUGUGUGUGUGUGUGUGUGUGUGUGUGUGUGUGUGUGUUGUAGGUGCUGUACAUAUAUUUGCAGUCAUCAGUCGUGCAUAAUUUUGUAUGAUCUCUUCCUCAUCGCUGAGUCUCUUUCCCAAGCGUGUAAGAGGCUUCCAAUAAAGUAUAGUUGAGCA